AUGAAAAAUUCCACCCACAGACGAAACUUGCUCAUCAGUGUUGCUAUUGACAUAUAUAAGUACGGAAUGGAAAGCACGAUAAAUCAUUCGAAAUUUGUUGAAGUAUUAGUAAGCGAAAGAAAAACACUUAAUCAUUGUAAGGAGGGCGCGCUUUGGAUGCUGAAUUAUAAAGAGAAUUGUUGUUUCGUCCCUGAAAAACUGCGGUUUAGGAAAGCGGAAUAA